CGCUACACGCACAACUUCAAUUUGCCCACGCAGUUUCUCGUCUGCCAGACGGCGAAGCCGACGCCGACGGCGAGGCUGGAGCAGGAGCAGGAGGAGAAGGGGGGGGCGGGCGACGGCAUCGGGCUCAACGACGGUCGCUGCGUCGAGCUCAUCAACAAAGGCGCCAUUCGUAGCCUCGUCGACAAGGAGCACAUGCGCUCGUUCAGCUGGGCCCAGUGA